AUGGCGAAAGCACAAAGGCUGCGGCGCUGUGCAGGGCGAGCCGUGCUGUGCUGCGUGGUGCUGACCGUGUGCGGGGCCGCUGCGGCCGGGCAGAUUCGCUACUCGAUCCCCGAGGAAAUGCAGAAAGGCUCCUUCGUGGGCAACAUCGCGCAGGACCUGGGGCUGGAGGCCAAGGCGCUGUCGGAGCGCGGCGUGCGCGUGGUCUCCACAGGUAGGACACAGUAUUUCGCAUUGAAUGUAAAGAGCGGCCAUUUAAUCACGGCGGAGCGGCUAGACAGGGAGCAGCUGUGCGGCCGGGCCGAGAAGUGUGUCAUCAAUUGUGAGAUUAUCGCAGAGGACAGAAUGGAAGUUUUCAUAACUGAAGUCGAACUCACAGAUGUGAAUGACCAUGCCCCGAGCUUCCAGGAGGGGAAGCUGGAGUUCAGGAUCAGUGAGACAACUGCCGUGGGAACACGGUAUAGUCUGGAAGAGGCGCAGGAUCCGGAUGUGGGGAUUAACUCUAUCCGGGACUACCAGCUGAGCAGCAACGAGCACUUCUCUCUGCAUGUGCAAGCGGGAGCUGCUGGGGAUAAAUACCCCGAGUUGGUGCUGGAGAAGCCCCUGGACCGAGAAGAGCAGGCUGCUCACGACCUCAUCCUCACCGCCACUGACGGCGGAGAUCCGGUCCGCUCCGGCACGGCGCGGAUCCACGUGGUGGUGCUCGAUGCCAAUGACAACGCGCCCGUGUUCAGCCAGCCGCUCUACCGCGUGAGCGUGCGGGAGAACGUGCCCGUGGGCUCCGCGCUGCUCACAGUUAGCGCCACGGACGCGGACGAGGAGCUCAACGCUGCAGUCGCCUACUCGCUGCGGAAGACGAAGGACAAAGCGUCUGAGACCUUCCAGGUGGACUCUCGGACGGGAGAUAUCGUGACGGUGGGGACUCUGGACUACGAGGAAGAGGCCGUCUAUGAAUUGGAGGUUCAGGCAAGGGACAGUGGAGACCUCUGGGCCCGGGCAAAAGUGCUGGUGACUGUCCUCGACGUGAAUGAUAACGCGCCCCAGAUCACAGUCACCUCUGCUGUCAGCUCCAUCAGUGAAGACAGCCCGCCAGGGACUUUGGUAGCGUUAAUACAUUUAGAGGAUCGGGAUUCUGGCAGGGACGGGGAGAUCAUGUGGUCCAUCCCGGACCACUUCCGGCUGCAGAAAUCCUUGGAUAAAUAUUACACUUUAGUGACGGCCAGAGACCUGGACCGGGAGCAGGUGGCGGAUUACAACGUGACGGUCACGGCCCGGGACCGCGGGGCGCCGCCGCUGUGGUCCGCCACGACGAUCGCGGUGCAGGUGUCGGACGUGAACGACAACGCGCCGGCCUUCAGCCAGGCGGCCUACAGCGUGUGGGUGAGCGAGAACAACGCCCGCGGCGCCUCGGUGUUCUGCGCGCGGGCGGCCGACGCGGACUGGGGCGACAACGCCCGGGUGACGUACUGGCUGGCGGAGGGCGAGCUGCAGGGCGCGCCGCUGUCGUCGUGGCUGUCGGUGCAGGCGGAGAGCGGCGCGGUGCAUGCGCUGCGCGCCCUGGACUACGAGCAGGUGCGCGAGAUCCGCUUCGCCGUGGAGGCGCGGGACGGGGGGGGGGCGGCGGCGCGCGACUCGCUGGAGGACAAGUUUGGCAGAUAUGGUGGGGACUUUGCCUCACUGUGGAGCCAAGCCCGCAACUCCACUCACUGCCUCGGGAAGUGCAUCGGCUGUGCCUGGAUUUGGACCGAGGAGUGCGGGGAGCUGGGAGUCUCCCUGCAACCAGCCCCACAUGCCGACUGUGUCAUCAUGAUGCCCCGCGUGAGGACCUUCCUGAAGAGGUUCCUGAAGGAUGCCAUCUGCAGCAAAUACGCCUGUGACCUGAGGGCCAAGCCCAACCAGGGCAAGGUCUUCGACGUCUCUUUGAAGUGGGACACCAGCAACCGCUUCAUGCUCAGCUUUGCAGACUUGUGCUUUCUCCUCCACAACUGCCUGCCUCUGAACGGGGCCACUUUGGGCCACCUGGUGAGGGCCAUCCCGGCCGCAGCGGGGGAGAUCUCUGUGAACCGCAGGGUCCUAGGCUGCAAGAGCCAGAUGCGCCCCACCAUCAUGACCAUGAAUGAAGAGGCCAAGAAGAUCAUAAUUGUGGACACGACCAUCCCCUCUGAGAACCAGCACCAAGCCUUCACCGAUGCCCCGGCUCACAAGCGGAGGAAGUACUCCACGCUGGCUAACAUCAUAAGAGCCCAUGGCUACGACGUGAUGGUUGAUGUGCUUAUAGUGGGAACACUCAGAGCCUGGGACCCCAGCAACGAGUGCAUCCUGCCGCUAGGCCAAGCUGAUAUGCUGCCUCAUGGUGUCCCACAUGAUCUACUGGUCCUGUGA